AAGCUAGCUCCUGCCAUCCAGGAAGAAGUCUUGUAUGCUACUGUGAAGGUCACACAGCAUGCAGACAGCAUGGAGCUGGAUGUUCUGAGAAAACAUGAAAAAGACUCCUCCAAAGACUUGUAUGCCCAUGUGAAACCAUGCAGACUCAGAAGGGCAGAGACCACUUCUUCUUCCCUCAUGCCAAAGGAAUUACUGGACUCAAAUGGCACACAGGGAAAAGGAGGCCAAGUGCAGGUUGAGCAGGCUGAUACAACAGAUGAGUCAAAUGAUGUGACCUAUGCCCAGCUGUGCAUCCUGACACCAAGACAGGGGCAGGUGAACCUUUCGGCUUCCAGGCAGAAAAGUCCCUCUUGAGAACCUACCCUGGUGUCUAUCAGCCUGGGAAGAUCCAGACUCUGAAUUCCGUGGAAGAAGGGUGGAUUCAGAAAUUUCAUAUAACAAAAUCUGUCUCAAGUGCACAACCAUUGUGCAGACAUAAUCAGUAUCUAGGAAAUUCUGAGAACUUUGGGGACUCUGAUUCUGUUGUCCCUGCAUUUUAUAAAUAAGGGAAGUGCUUUGUCAGUGACCAACAGAUAAAGUGAGAAAAGAGAAGAGGAAUAAAGAAAGUUUUGGGUUUUGUGUUUUUC